AUUCAUGCCUGGAGAACCCCAUGGACAGAGCAGCCUGGCAGACUACAGUCCAUGGGGUCACAAAGAGUUGACAAGACUGAAGUGACUUAGUAUGCAUGCAUAUUAUGUACUUAUACUUUUUAGAAGGUCAAUAUUUUAAGAGGUCAACAUGCUGAAAUAAGGAUAAUUGAGGGGAUAUUAAAUUUGAAGCAAAGUGGUUCUAAACAAUCUUCAUGGACCUGUGUUAUUAAAUGUAAAUUCAAAUACACACGUGAAACACCAGAACUGACAGCACAAAGCCAUAGAUUAAUGCUCAAGCUCUCCCUGGCCCUAGAGACACUUGUAUCAGAAAUAAGUGGAGAUCAGGCUCCAUUUGAUGACAAGUCCUCCUAAGCCACUAUAGUCCUUGGGUAUUAGGAUGGGGUCCAUUCUAACACAAUUACCUGAAAGGUUUCUUUUGGGUCACUGUCCAUUAAAAUCACUUGAAAGGAGCCGAAACUGAAACUCCCUGUAGGGAAAGAGCAAAUUAGCCAGGGUGGCAAUGGGCAGGCUCUCUCACCCCACGUUUUGCAAAUACAUCAUUAUGUAACAGCUGAGAUGACUUAUAGCACUGUGCAUGCGUGUCGUGAUGUACCCACUUGGCCACGUGCCUCUUUUGUUCUGUAAACUGUAUAUAAGCCCCACCUGAGAAACCCCUUUUGCCGCUCCACCGCCAUUAGAGAAUAAAUAUAUCUGGCGUUCUGAGGGCUCCUGGAGUUUUCUCCCAGCUUCCCCACUCAUGCCUUGCCCACCCUGGGUUCAGCAAGCCAGUGUGAGAAGCGAGACAAUUGGUGUCGUCGGCAGGAUACCCAGUAGGUAGGGGAGCCUGAGGCUUCAAUGGAAGGAGGAGGCCAGGGGGCCACCACACAGCAUGUGUUAGCCGGUGGCCACGGUCAUCCGGGCAUGGGUCCCAGUGGAAGACUGGGAGGUGGUGGAUGGGUCACCGGAUAGUAUUAAAAAGGCAUUCCAGGUGCUGAGUUCCCGUUUGCCAAACAAAGCGGCGUGUACUGCUGCCGGCACUGUGGUGUGGGUUUCCUUGAUUACCUUGAAGGCUAAUAUGGAUCGUGCUCUCCAUCAUGCUGCACAAGUGCACGAGUUUCAGAGACAAAGGAAGAGCUAGAGCAGCGUCUGCACAUGCUGAAGCAAGAGAUGCCUGGCCUUGAGGAACCCAGCGCCUUGAACUAUGAGGGUAUUACUGCCUUUCCUAUAAGUGAAGAUAUGAUGCAAUGGGAUGUUGACAUUGAAGGUCUACAGAGUACAAUUUGGCAUGGAGCAGUCUUCCAACUGAGAAUAAAUUUUACAUCAGAGUAUAAUUUUGUCCCUCCAGUUGUGAAAUUCAGAACAAUUCCUUUUCAUCCAAAUGUAGACCCACAUUCUGGCAAGCCCUGUAUAGAUUUUUUGGACAGCCCUCGUAAAUGGAAUAGAAGCUAUACAUUGAGCAGCAUCUUACUUACCCUCCAGGUUAUGCUUUCUAAUCCAGUGCUAGAAAAUCCAGUGAAUUUGGAAGCAGCCCAUAUACUGAUGAAAGAUGAAACUCUGUACAGACUAAUAAUUCUACGACUUUUCCACCGGCCGUUGCCAUCAAAAGAUGAUGGUUCUGAGUCACCAAAAGAGCCAGAUAAACUUAACAGAUCAAUUGAAUCAGUCUCAUUUAGUGAUUACUACAAGACAUGGUCUGGAAUAGCCACAUCAAAAGCCACAGAAUAUUACAGAACUCCAUUUCUAAAAGAUCCGAAUUUCAUUAAACAGUAUUAUAAUUGGAGGAAAGAUGAUCUAAGACAUACUAAAGAAUGGAGUUUAAGGUAUAUUGCUGCCAUAUCUCGGAUUGCUAGAGAAAAUAUAAAGCCUCAGAAAGCCAAUUAUCAAACUGGAAGAAGUUAUGUCUGCAUACCUCCAAUUCAAACUUCUCCUGAUUCACAAACUAAAACAGAUACUGUCACAAAGAAGGACAAAGAAAAGGAGUGGUGGAAGAGAAAGCCGGUUGAAGUUAGCAUAAAUGAGCCAUGGGAAAACGAAGUGGAUGAUCUGGUUGCCUGGACCAACUCCCUUGAUACAGAUGCUUUGGAAGAUUAAGCUGCAGGAUUUAAAAAAUGAACAGCCUCAACCACAGCUCAGCUUCAUGGAGCAACUCUGGAAGACUCUCACAGCUUGGCUUCCUUUUUUUUUUUUUUUUUUUUUUUUCAAAUUUGU